AGUUUCUCAUCUUUCAAGUAGGAGGAACUAACUUGUUCUCACAGCAAAAUGGAGGGAAAAGAAUCUUCACAGAAAUCGAGUAAACAAGAUGAAAAAAGUGAAUUCCAACCAACAGUCAAAAGACGAAGCAGUUCUAAAUCAAUACCACCAGACUUGUCCGAAGAUGCUGGAACUGAGCAAAACCCUGGACUCAGACUGGUGUUGGUGGGAAAGACAGGAGUGGGGAAGAGUGCUUCUGGAAACACGAUCCUUGGAGGAAAAAUAUUCAAGUCAAAGAUGAGUUUUUCAUCCCAGACUAAGUCAUGUGAGAAACAGCACGGCACGGUAGCGGGACGCAGUGUGUAUGUGGUGGACACGCCAGGGCUCUUCGAUAACCAACAGCAUGAGCAGGACGUCAGGCGAGAGAUAGGGAGGUCCAUCAACUACUCAUCCCCGGGACCUCAUGCUUUCUUGCUGGUGGUAAAACUUGAUCGGUUCACAGAAGAGGACAGAAGAACGGUGCAGCACAUACAGGAGUUGUUUGGGGAAGGGGCCUCCCGCUACAUUAUAGUUCUGUUCACGCGAGGGAGCGAGCUUUCGGACGACAUAGAAGACUAUAUUAAAGAAGCAGACAGCGGUCUCAGAUCAAUGCUGUCCGAAUGUGGAAACCGGUACCAUGUCUUUGAGAAUAAUAACCUCGAUGACCGUCGGCAAGUGACCGAUCUUCUUGACAAAAUUGAGGCAAUGGUGAAGGAGAACGGUGGUGGGUGUUACACCAAUGAGAUGUUCCGUGUGGUGGAGAGGUUGCUUCAAGAGAAAGAGAAAGAGCUCAGGAGCCAUUAUGAAGAAAAACUGCGUGAAAAAGAGGAGGAGCUGAAGGCUAAGUUUGAGAAGGACAUGGAGGAGCUGAAGACAGACCUGGAGAAGAAGAUGGAAAAGCUAUUAGACGAGGGAAAAGAGAGGGACCUCAAGAUAAGUACUUUGGAGGAGAAGCACAAGAGAGAACUCGCUGAGUUUGAGCGCUUCUACCAGGAGAAAGGCAGUGCUGCCAGGGAUGAAGCAGAGACUUCGGACUUUACACACAACUUCAUUUUCGAGAUGUGGAAUUAUGUCUGUGGCGCAAUGACCAGAACCUAGGGAAACAGCCACCAGUAUAUCACAAGCUUACAGUAUAUGUGGCACUUGUACAGUGAAUGACUCGUGGAAACUCUAGUGGAAGCUCCAACACACUCUAGUCUCAUUUUAGGCAACGUUCAAAGAUCUGCCUUUAUCCAGUGAUUUGAAUCUUCAUUCCUGUUUCCUGUUCCAAGUCAACAUAGAUUGGAAAAAAAACUGAUAUUCCUACCAGCUUUUCAGAACAAAGUCCUUUUCUAGACACAGGAAAAAAUACAGACUCCAGCCUCACCUUUCUAUCCCAAGCGAACACUGUCUGGUAGGCUUUCAAAAACAAGCUCCGCUCACCUCAGCCUUGGCAACAAUUGGCCUUGUGACCAGCUAUUCCAUGUAGGCCACCGACCCAACAGCGGGCCAGCUGGAGACUUGAAGACGUCUUCACCAUUCCUCCAGACAGACUUGGUAAAGGGUCCUGAGUAAGAGACUGCAGCCAUGAAUAUGAAUGAUAAUUAUUCAUGAACUGAUAUUAAGUGUUGAGACCAACACUGGUCUGAACUCCAAAGAAUUUCUAUAUAUUUUUUUUAGCUAUGCACACUUUUUUAUUAUUGUAUCCUGACAAAAUGUGGCAUUUGUUGAUCAAUAAAGAGAAUUCAAUAAAUAAA